AACAAAAGCCACUCUACGUCAGGAAGGGAGGCCAGUGUGUUUCCCCCCUUUCUUUCACUAGAGGUACUCCAGUGCCAAAGUAAGCAUCAGCGGGCUGGGACACGUUCUCCACUCUCCACUCGGUUGGAGUCAGAGGGGAUCACCAUGAAGACGACCAGGGUCCUCCUUGUGCUUCUGCUGGCGUCUGCCCACGUCUCCACAGCAGUUUCAUCGGACCAACCAGACAACACGGGGAACAAGACGCAGGAACAAGGGACAGCACAGACGACAGCGGAAACGACAACAGUUUCAAGGGCGGGGUCAAAUAUGACAGGUGGCCAAAAGCAAGAAGUGACAUCAGAGCCAGCAGCAAAAACGACGACAGGACAACCUUGGUCUCCUGCGCGGACCACUGUGAAGCCAACUUCGCCUCCAGCAUCAACGCCGGACCACAAGGACGUGACCACUGCGUCUCCCGCUGUUCCCCAGACAGACGAGAAAGCCUUGAGAAAUGACACCUGGAAACCAAGAUCUCCUCACACUCCGAGCCCGAGCAAUCACUCUGAGACGCCACUUGAGCCAGCUUUAGAAGGUGAAACUUCUCACACUCCAGACUCAAGUAGCCACUCAGAGACCGAAAUAACUCAGACGCCACUUGAACGAGUAGACGACAACAGAACUAAAGAGACAAAACCAGACAAAGGCACAAGUACUCAAGCCCCAGUGAUCCCUCAACUCAAGAAAGAAAAGGCUAAGGAGAAAGGUAUCGGUUCUCAGACCGGAGGUGAGGAGAAUGAACCCCACAAAUCAGACAAAAGGCUGUGGUGGAUUCUGCUGCCCGUCCUGCUGGUGGGAGCCGCUGCUGCCAUCGUCCUCAAGUUCAAGAGCAAGAAGCUCAACGACCACACAGAGACCAUUGAUACAGGAACUGAGAAUGCAUCUUUCCAGAGCAGGCCCGAAAGCACCAAAGACGGUGUCAUGCUCCUCGGGGUGAAGUCGUCGGGCGGAGAAGAAAGCGCUUCUGCAAGAUAAAUUGAAAAGAAGAAAAGGAGGCCAUGCAGUAACAUCAAGAUCAGCCACAUACUGUUCUUGUGAAGGAACUGUUUAGAUGUUGAAUUUGUAAUUUUUAUUAUAUGAAACCUCCUGUUGUGUGAAGCAGAAUAGUAUUGAACAGCGGUUUCCCUGUAGUGGUUCUGUGAGCUGAAAGCGGUUUUAUGAAGUAGUGCGCGGGACUGUAAAUCUCAGUGAAUCUCAGAGUAAGGGAAUAUAAAACUGCAAAUGUCUUUGAAAUGCUGUCAAAGCUCAUUUCCUGUACAGCGCACUGACCUCAGAUCCAUCACAUAUUAGAUGUGAUGACUGUUCAUUUCAUAGCUUUAGAUGUAUCCUUGUGUCGUUAAGAUAUGUUUUGUUUAUGUGGGCACGUGCAUGUGAGUGUGUGUGUGUGUGUGUGUGUGUGUGUGUGUGUGUGUGUGUGUGUGUGUGUGUGUGUGUGUGUGUGUGUGUGUGAGAGUGUGUGUGUGUGUGUGUGUGUGUGUGUCAUUAAAUAUCACCAAACAAUGAACAUUCUAGCAAAACACACUAAACUCAAGGUAAUAAGAGUUUUACAGUUAAGGUUUAGUUUUAAUAAUUUUUUUCUUCAGCAAAUUAACGUUCAAGCUCAAUGAAUACGUGAAAGCAAAUGCAGGGGAUUUGUACUUAAAGACACUGGAACUGCUUCAUGGCUGGAAUUUGUUGUUCAACCUCAAUUUCCUUAAUAAAUCACUAAAAAUGUU